AUGAAGGCACCCUCCAUAUCUGCAUUGUGUGUGCUGGCAGGAUUGUGCUUGGAUACACCCGUAUGUCUUGCCGACUCGCAUCAGGAAGCAUUAAAGGCACGAGAGAGGUACAAGGCGGCAUGUCCAGCAUAUGAGCAAUAUGCACGCUUUCCACACCACCCAUACAGCAAUGGCCCCAUGCAGCUACCAUACCAGCGGCCCUCAGUACACUGUCGCACCUUCCAAUCGGAUCUGGUGGAGAAAAUCAUAUCAGAUCUCAAUGCUACCAUGAUUGAUCGAGACUUGGCGAGAAUAUUCGAGAACGCCUUUCCAAAUACACUAGAUACGACAGUACGGUGGCACACAGACGGUACAGACAAGCAAGACAAAUCACAGCAAGUACUGAAUGCGAAGUGGGCGGCGGAUGGGGCAUGGAAGGGCGCACAAUCGUUCAUCGUGACGGGCGACAUCAACGCCGAAUGGCUGCGAGACAGCACAAAUCAGCUAGCACAGUAUCAGAGGCUGGCCAGGAGGGAUCCAGCAAUCAGUACCCUCAUCCUUGGAGCCAUCAACACCCAAGCCGAAUAUGUGAUCGAGAGCCCUUACUGUAAUGCCUUCCAACCACCGCCACCGUCGAAGCUGAAACCGAGCGACAACGGUCAAUCUGACGCCGUCCACCCAGCCUACGAGCCCAGCCAAGUCUUCGAAUGCAAGUACGAGCUCGACUCGCUUGCCCACUUCCUGCGUCUGGGCAAUGAGUACUACGACCACACCGGCAGCACCGCCUUCCUCACGCCACGAUGGUAUAAAGCUCUGGAGUCCCUCUUGGAAGUACUGGACGAGCAAAGCAAGCCCACCUUCAACCCCAAAACCGGUGCCUUCGAGAAGCAGAACUACCGCUUCCAACGCAGCACCAACACCGGGACUGAGACACUAAACCUAGCCGGCAACGGCAACCCCCUAGCGAACGGCACAGGCCUGAUCCGCUCCGCCUUCCGCCCAAGCGACGACGCCACAAACCUCGGCUUCUUCAUCCCGGCCAACGCCAUGAUAGCCACGGAACUAAAACGCACAUCCACCCUCCUCCAAUCAUCCUCCAAACUAAAAAUUGCCCUGGAUCUCAAACUCCGCGGCGAGCGAAUCGAAAAGGGCGUCUGGGAACAUGGCGUCGUGCACCACAAACACUGGGGCCCCGUCUUCGCCUUCGAAGUCGACGGCUACGGCUCCAGUAUCCUCAUGGACGACGCCAAUGUCCCCUCUCUCCUGGCACUCCCCUACCUCGGCUUCCUCCAAAGUAACGACAUGACGUACCAAAACACCCGCCGCAUGAUCCUCUCCGCCCAAGGGAACCCAUACUACCUCACCGGCACCGCCUUCUCCGGCAUCGGCGGCCCGCAUAUUGGACUUCAGAAUGCGUGGCCCAUGUCCUUGCUCAUGCAGAUCAUGACUGAAGAUAACGAGGAGGUGAUUCUGGGGCUGUUUGAGCAGGUGAAGAAGGCGUGUCCGUUGGGAUUGGUGCAUGAGAGUGUGAAUGUGGAGAGGGUGAGGGAUUAUACGCGGAGUUGGUUCGCGUGGGCUAAUAGCGUGUUUGCGCAGGCGGUGCUGGAUGUGGCGGAGCGGAAGCCGGAGGUGUUGUUUGGGAAGGGGGGAAAGGCUUUUAGGGUUGAUGAGUGA